GCGUCACAUGGUAACCAUGGUAACACUCUGGCCUACAAUUGAGUGCGAUGGUCACGUGAUAUCACAAGAUGGCGACUUCGUUAUAGAUGGAUACGGUGAUGUGGUCUUUCUAAACUGCGGUGGAAAUUGUCAACUAUUGGGCAUCAGUUAAAGCACCAAGAAUGGCUCUAAAUGUCUUUGACCAUGAUGAAUACAGACCACCAGUGUGGAAAUCUUACCUGUAUCAGCUCCAGCAGGAGGCACCACAUCCACGGCGAUUGACCUGCACCUGUGAGGUGGAUAACCGGCCCAAAUACUAUGGGAGAGAGUACCAUGGGAUGGUCUCCAGAGAGGAGGCUGACCAGCUGCUGAGUGUGGCAGAGGGCAGUUACCUCAUCAGGGAGAGCCAGAGGCAGCCUGGGACCUACACACUGGCCCUACGCUUUGGAAAUCAAACCAAGAACUUCCGCCUCUACCAUGAUGGGAAACACUUUGUCGGGGAGAAGCGCUUUGAGUCCAUCCACGACCUUGUGACAGAUGGGCUGAUCACACUCUACAUCGAGACCAAGGCAGCAGAGUACAUCGCUAAGAUGACCAUUAACCCAAUCUAUGAGCACAUUGGCUACACAACACUCAACAAGGAGCCCACGCUGAAGAAACACUUGCCCGUGUGCAAGGAGGUUCCCGAUGGGCCUGCUCCACAGGGAGAGCGGGUUGACGAGGAGAAAGGGCUCACCUCGCUGGUACGUCGAGCCACCCUGAAGGACAAUGUCCACACGACCAAGUAUGAGAAAGUCCACAAUUUCAAGGUGCACACCUUCCGGGGACCCCACUGGUGUGAAUAUUGUGCCAACUUCAUGUGGGGCCUCAUCGCUCAGGGAGUGAAAUGUGCAGAUUGUGGUUUGAAUGUCCACAAGCAGUGUUCCAAAAUGGUGCCAAAUGACUGCAAGCCUGACCUCAAGCAUGUCAAAAAAGUAUACAGUUGUGACCUUACGACACUGGUAAAAGCCCACAAUUCCAAGCGACCCAUGGUGGUGGACAUGUGCAUACAAGAGAUUGAGUCUCGAGGUGUUCAGUCUGAGGGCCUGUACAGAAUCUCAGGCUUCAGUGAUCUGAUUGAAGAUGUGAAGCUGGCUUUCGACAGAGAUGGUGAAAAGGCGGACAUUUCUGUGAAUGUGUAUGAAGACAUCAACAUAAUCACUGGCGCACUGAAACUGUAUUUCAGGGAUUUACCCAUUCCUCUUAUCACGUACGACGCCUACCCAAGGUUUAUGGAGGCAGCAAAGAUAACGGAUCCAGACAAGCUGUUGGAGGCCCAUCAUGAAGGUCUGAAGCUGCUGCCACCUGCACACUGUGAAACACUGUGUUAUCUCAUGGCCCACUUAAAGAGGGUAACCCAAAAUGAUAAAGACAACCUGAUGAAUGCAGAAAACCUUGGCAUUGUUUUUGGGCCCACCCUCAUGCGUGCCCCAGACUUGGAUGCGAUGACGGCACUCAAUGACAUCCGCUACCAGAGACAGGUGGUGGAGACGCUCAUAAAGAAUGAAGACAUUCUGUUCUGAAAGGGGAUGACAAACAAUGAAGGAAACUUAAAUCAUCAAUAAGUGUUUUACUCAUCAUUUAGAAUGGAGGAAGUGACAAUUGUGUUUUUGAAUAUUUUCCCUUUGUUAAACCAAGACUUUAAUAAUAAUGGAGUAUUUGAGCCAUUGUACAGUCUCUCCCACUCCCAGUGAACCCUGUCUGAAGAGAUGUCUGUUGGGUUUGGAUCACGUACCUUAGACUUGUCUUUUGCAUGUUCACCCCCCCCCAUUUCUGUCGGGGGUAACUGAUGGAACACACAUUCCUUCUGGAUAGCUAGUAUGUGUUUUGUUUUCAGAUAUUGGGUCACACCAAAGAGAUUGAGGACUCAUCUUUAUAUCUGACAUUAUAGUGUCUGUGACAGCAUGGGCAGUGCUAUUGAAGCUACAAGCCAUAGGAAUCCCCACCCUGUUGGCUACUUUUACUACUUUAAAAUGGUGUAAGCCCUCAAUGUCCAUGCCAAAUCGGGUUAUGUCCAUGAGUCCUAUCUAUUUUCACAGGUCACACUCACUCAUUAACUGCUCUCUCUGAUCUUGUACUGUAGAUGUGGCUCAUUGUUUCACAAUGGGGUUAUUCUUCUUGUGAAUCACUAAUGUACCUGGGUAUAACAUCGGUUAAAAACCUUUUUAAUUUUGUUUAAUGUUGUUUGUAUGUUUUUACAUUCAAACACCUUUUUGAGGUGACUUAUUUUUUUAAGAGAUGCAGUGGGAUAUUUGUAUAAUUUCAGCCAGUAGUCCUAGCACUCAAGCCAUAAUGGGCGCCUUAAAUGUACUAUGUCAUAUUAGCGGUGUGUCCUGUGUACAUCUCCACUGCAUUUACAUUAUAAUGACAUGCCACACAAUUGGCACUCACUGCCCCUACUGUCAAAGAGCAGCCAAUGUGCUCAAGCCUCCCACUUUUACCUUGCAGCAUCAUUGUAUGUGAUGGUGCCUUUCAACCUUCCUAUCAACAUUGUCUAUCUGUUUUGGUUGUUUGAAGUUUAUUUAACUAGGCAAGACAGUUAAGAACAAACUCUUAUUUUCAAUGAAGGCCUAGGAACAGUGGGUUAACUGCCUUGUUCAGGGGCAGGAUGACAGAUUUUUACCUUGUCAGCUCGUCAGACUUGAAACCUUUUGGUUACUAGUCCAACGCUCUAACCACUAGGCUACCUGCCGCCCCAGUGUCUGUGUCCCUUUAUUCUCCGGGUCAGACUAUGGCAAAAUAACUUAAACUGUAUAUUUCCUGAAGAAAGUGUGUCCUUUCUUUAGCUGUCUAAAAGUAGUAGUAGAGACCGUGGUAGUUUUGAUUGAUUGAUUGUAAUUAAUAUGAAUAGCAAUAGUGACUGGUAAAAGUAGUGUUUUCAUUUUAACAUUCUGAAAGUUUCAACAGUGGGAAGUUUAUGUUGAGUUAAAUCUGCCUAUCAAAGUUGUCAUAUGCGCAUCCUUAAAAACAUAGCCGUUGGGCUAAUAAAGAAUAAUAGUAUACAACAA